AUGUCUACUGUUUACGGAGCGUCUGCACCUUCGUUUGCCACCGUAAAACGUUGGAGCCGAAAAUUCAAACAUGGCAGGGAGUCGCUCAAAGAUGACCCCAGGCCGGGGCGGCCGAACACCGCCGUUACCGAAGAAAACAUCGAAAAAGUAAAAAAACUUGUUCUUGAAGAUCGGCGAUUCAAGUUGUGGCAUCUAGCUGAAGCUAUAGGCAUUAGCAAGGACCGAAUCGGCGCCAUUCUGCAUAAUCAUUUGCACAUGAAAAAGGUGUGUGCGCGAUGGGUGCCAAAAAUGUUCACGCCGUUGGAUAAACAGCGACUCGUCACAACUUCGCAGGAGUUUUUGGACAUCUGUGGUGAUAAUCCUGAUGAUGUUUUUUCGCGUCUUGUCACUGUUGAUGAAACAUGA